CGAUUCGCGGAUACGAACUUUAUCGUUAUCGUGCCGCUGAUAAGAGGAAAACAGACGCGCGUUACAGCUUUAUUCGCAUUAACGAUUGCUUGUGUUGUACAUGGCAUUCCGAUGUGGCACCUGCUACAUUGUGCACGAAUAGAACACACGCACGCGUAACACAAUUCACUUGAAGAAAUACGCAACGCAUUGCGUUAUGUCUCGUAAUUAACGUAGUAGUAUUGUCUCAAGCAGCACUUGUGGGAAAUUGAAUGAGCUGUCGAUAUAGACAAAGUGCAUUUUAAAAAGAAAAGAGACUUUUGAUUUUAAUCACGAUUCAGUGUGCGUUUGUGUGUAUGUACAUGUGUAUAGUGAACUGCAGACAAUUAAAUAUUUUGUAAUCUUGCUAUUUAAGUUAUUAAUUUAAGAGAUGAAGUUUCGUACAUUGUUACUGUUCGUUUUGAUGAAUCUGUACCUUACGAAGAUAUGUCUGAGCAUCGACACGAAAAUUUUGAGCUUGUGCACGGUUCAAAGUACAUGUGAGAAUUGUUUAGAAGCGAGUUUGUCUUGCGCUUGGUGCAGCGAAUGGUCAUACUCAAAUUCCACGUAUGGCAAACCGAGGUGCAACGUGCCGGAGCGUCUGCGUGCAUUUGGCUGUCCGGAUGCAGAAAUACGCGCGGCGCCGGCGGGAUCGCUCCGGGUGCUGAUGAACAUGGAUUUUCAAGACGUCUCCAACGAUCGUACAGCACAGCCGGUACAGUUGAGACCACAGAAGCUGCGACUCAGGAUCAGACCACGCUCCAGUCAAGUAGUGACGCUUCAGUAUAGGCCGGCUAAGUAAAAAUCUCAAUUAACAAAGUAAUGAAAUAAUGGAAACUUUCAUUAUUGAUACGUGAUUAAUAGAGAACUGGAACGAAUAUUGUAGUAGUAAUUUAAUUUUUUUUAUUUUCGUAUAUAUAUGUGACGUUGGAUAAGUCGAUCAAUUUCAUAUAAGGUUACUAAUAAGUGUGGCUUACGCAAGCGCAAAAGAUUGCAUUUCUGGACCGCGUAGGAAGUUGUCAUCCCACAUAAUUCCAGAAUCAUGCGUCCUUUCUCGUUGUCUAUCGUCUCUAAUUUUAAUUAUCAACAAUUUUAUAUUAUUAAUAAAUAAAAAUAUAAAUAAUGUUAAG